UUAAAGGAAUCACAACAUUCGGAUGGCCGACUGGUUACUGGUUCUUUCAUGGCGUUAUCGAUAAGCUGAAACAUCUCAUAGGUUCCAAGUCAAGCCAAGCAAUGGUGCUCAAUGCAAUAGGGCAUGACAAGAGUGAUGGAAAAAUCACAUUCGAACAGGAAACCAAUAAAAUUUGCUUUCAUCCACCCCAUGACCCUUUGCUUCCAAGAAAAGUUGAGGCCUUCCAAAGGAUUACCAAGAAACUAGGGGAAUUCUCUUCAUGGCCAAGUACCGAAGCACAUCAGUACACGUUCUAGGUGGCUGCAAUGCAUCUUCAGACUUUUUGAAUGGUGUUUGUAGUCCAAAAGGUCAGGUUUUCAAUCCAGAGGCUCCUGGUCUAGUGCAUCAAGGUCUCUAUGUUUGUGACGCUUCUCUAAUUCCGUGCUCGGUCGGUGUAAAUCCGUGCCUUACAAUUGCAACAGCCGCUGAGCAUGUAAGUAAGCACAUUGUGAAGGACAUUCUCAUGUACAAAAGUCAAAACUGUACAGAUUUUGCUCCUAAAGUGGUAGAUCACAAUCCAUAUAAAGAAACACAUGAUAAUUUGAAGAGCAAAGAGACAUCAUAUGUGUCUGUCAAGGAAACCAUGAGAGGGUAUGUUGGGGGCAUGCCAUGCACUGCUUUUCUGAUAAUGAAGAUAAACCUGCAGAACCGGAACAACAACGAUGUUUCGAAUAGGUUUAUGAGAAAAUCUCAUCCAACUUUAAAAGGGAAAGUUGGUGGUUACCUUGUCUUCAGAGCAAUAGAGAAGGAUAAGCUGCAUAUUAUAGAUGGCCAAGUAGACAUGUUUGAAGUCAAUUUCCGAACCCCUUACACACGAUAUAUGCACUACAGCCUUCUCCUUGCCGCUUCUUCCGGGUCAAGAUAUGUUCUUGAGGGAAAGAAGAUAAUGAAUCCUUUUCCUUUUGCACUUAAUUGUUGGAGUGAGACAACAACAUUGUAUGUGACAUUCAAAAGGGUUCCUGGGGAAGAAGAAGGGUUGAACUUAAAAGGGGAGCUUAGAAUUUCCAUGAUUGAACUAUUGAAAACUCUAUUUAGCCUUGAAGGAAAUGGAAAAGGAAGAUUUAUCGAUAUUUUCGCAUCAAAUCUCCUUAGAACCUAUAUUUUGAAGAUACCAUAUCAAAGUACCAAAGAGUACCUGAUGGAGUCUUCCAUAAAUUCUUCUUAUCCGGCGAGUACUUUCCAUCGGUUAAAAACAGAAGAUGGAUGUAACAUCAGUUGCCUGCAGUGGAGCUGUGAUCAAAGUAGAUGGAAGCUCAAGGAAGAAAAGCAACCAGUUCUUCUACUUAAUGGCUAUUCCACUGAGAGUUUCUUUCUGCCAACGGAACCGAAAGAUUUAAUUAGGACUUUACUGGAAGAAGGGUAUGAAGUAUGGUUACUUCAAUCGAGAUUGCACGAAUCGCAUCCCUCAAACAACUUCACCAUUGAAGACAUUGGAAGAUAUGACAUACCUUCUGUAUUCGACAAGAUACGCGAAUUCCAUGGUUCGAGCACAAAGAUGCAUGUGGUUGCGCACUGUGUCGGAGGAUUGUCCAUUCACAUAGCUCUCUUGGGAGGACAUAUCUCUCCAACUCAAAUCGCUUCGUUGUGUUGCACCAACUCUUCGAUGUUCUUCAAGGUGACUACUUUAGCCACUGUCAAAAUGUGGCUCCCUUUGAUCCCGAUUUCAAUGGCAUUGCUAGGUGAGAACAAGAUUCUGCCAAUGUUAGACACAUCAAAGGCCAGUUUAAGACAUCGGCUCCUAAUGGCGAUCGUCCGUUGGCUACCUAGAUGCGAACGAUGCACUUGCGAUGAAUGCGAUGUCUUUUCAGGUAUAUUCGGCAAUGCAUUCUGGCACCAAAAUGUCACACCAACAAUGCACCACUGGUUAAACAAGCAAAGCACAACAAACGUCCCCUUGGCAGCAUUUCCUCACCUGAGGAAAAUCUGCAAGUCAGGGUUCAUCGUGGAUAGUAGCGGAAAUAACUCGUAUUUGAUUCAUCCGGAGAGAAUGGCGGUCUCGACAUUGUACAUCUCCGGGGGACGGAGUCUUCUGGUGACACCGGAGACCACAUUUCUAGCAAACAAGUAUGUGAAGAUGCAUCAACCAGGGUUCAGACAUGAAAGGGUGGUUGUAGAGGAUAUGGACAUUCGGAUUUGUUGAUCGGUGAAGAGUCUUAUAAAGAAGUUUUCCCUCACAUAUUGUCUCACAUAAGGUUAUGUGAAGAAGGGCAAAACGUUGUGAGGAUUUCGGAGGGAAAGAAAUACAGUAAAGAAGCCUUGGAAUGGACGGCAGAUCCUUACCAAGGCUAUGGAGGAUCUCAAAGUUGGUGGUUUUCAACAUUGAUUGUUCUUGUUUUAUUGGCUUUAGUUUUAUUUUUUGUGUUGAAAUUCUAAUGAUUUAUUAUACUUGUAUUGUUUGUUUUA